AUGGAUCAUACUACAGAAAUGCACUUGGUAUCUUCCUCUUCAGUGCAGUCGGACAACACGGUCGGUCAGCAGCCUGUUGCCGUGUCGAUCGGGAAUCACAUCCCUGCGCAGCCAAUCUUGCCCCAACGGGACACGGACGCUGCUGGCCCAGUCCUGCAAGACCAGACCGACCGCCCAGCCCAGGCGGAGGAUCGUGAUCUCAUCUCGCUUCUCCCCCGCGGGGAGAUCCGACGCAGGGGGAAAAGAAAACAGGAGGGUGGCCGUUCACGAAAACGAGCAGGUCAGCCGUCGCCUUUCAGAUGCGUCGAUACCCGAGGCUGGCAGCCUGAGGUGGCCGGGUCUGGCUGGACUGCUGCUGCUGGCCUGCUGGACGAAAGAAGGGUUGGGCUGGUCGGGUCGGGGGUAUUGUCAUUUUGGGGGUCCCGCGUCAUGCAAUCCCCGGAUUUUGUAACGGUUUACGGGGCGAACUCCAUCCCCUGCCAUGCGAGCGCAACCGUGCUUUUCACUCAAUCUGCUGGACAACCAUCCACCGGGGAAACUUGGAGGGCUGUCAGGUCCGGUCAGGUCAGGUUAGGUAAUGGAAUGAGAGAUGGCGGUCAAGUGACGUUUCACACACGGCUGCUGCUAACCGGCAUCUCGGUCGGUACAGGCACGAAAAGCGACCGUGUCCGUCUCUGGGGAGGAAUGCGUGCAAGUCGUAGGGACUGA